UCUUGGACCGUCCUGAUUUGAACUGUCAUCCCCCCGACCUGGUGAUGAGGUUGCCUCUAUAAUAUUUCAUCCUUUGUUUCUGGACCUGCAAUGCCACUGCUGCCAGAGUCAGUGGAGGCAGAGCACUUUGACGGACUAUCCCUGCUCUACUGGACAAUCAUGGGUCCCCAUGGCAUCAACCGUGCUGUGCAAAGACUGGAAUUCUCUGACUGCAGACAAGGACUUGGUGUGAAGAUUAUUGGAGGUUACAGAGAGCUGAGUGGUGAAGAGUUUGGGAUUUUCAUUAAGCGAGUGUUACCUGGAGGCAUUGCAGCACAGGAUGGACGGCUUAAAGCAGGUGACCUCAUUUUAGAUGUCAACAACAUGAAUUUAGCAGGCGUUACAAAUGAAAGGGCAGUGGAGAUUCUGCGCAUGGCAUCAGCCACGAAUCACAUGUCUCUUCUGAUCGCCCGUGAUGAGGAGUCCAGGAGAGAGUUCACUGAGCUCAUGGAGAAAUAUGGCUCUAACAGCAAUACAAGCUCAGGAACAGGCAGGAUUUCUCCUACUCUUCUCUCUACAGGUAAACUGACUGACAAUGCAUCAUCAUCGUCAUCAUCCAGAUCAACAAGCCCUCAGAUCUUGAGCCCUAAAGACUGUAGCACAAACCCAAUUACUCCACAGGUCUGCUGCGACUGCAUGAUUCAGCUGAUAUGUGUCGCAAAGGGAACAGGGCUAGGCUUGGUCAUUAAAGGUGGAGCAAACCGUGCAGAAGGGCCAAUGGUGUUCAUUCAGGAGAUCAUGCCUGGAGGAGACUGCCAAAGGGAUGGAAGACUAAAAGCAGGAGAUCAGCUCAUAUCAAUCAAUAAAGAGUCCUUAAUUGGAGUAACACAUGAGGAGGCCAAAAGCAUUUUAACCAGAACAAAGCUGAGACCUGACCCGACAGUGGAGAUAGCGUUUAUCAGGCGGAGGUCUUCCUCUGGCUCCAGCAGUGGUCCACACAGCCCCAUUUCCCUGCAGCCCUUAUCAACUACAGGCUCCCAGCUCAGACCACUGGCCCUUGGGGGAGUAACUGUAACUAUGCCUGGAGGGCUAAUGCCCAAAAUGAAUCCUACCCCUAUCUCUGGAAGUGAGACACUGCCUUCUGUCAAACUUACCCAAGUACGAGCAGUACCGGUGAAACCAGAGCUUCCUUCAGUCACUACCCCUGACAGUGCCUGCACCACAGUGGACAAUUCUGCUUUGUCUUCAGAUGCCACUACUGCCUGUAAGUUCAGCACCACGGUCAUGGUCACUCAGCCGAAGCCUUCCUCACUCACAUCUAGCUGCCGAAUCAAACUGGAGAAGCUGGAGCAGGCACUGGAGGCUUUGGGCUUAAAGCUGACCGAGUCUCAGCUCCAGACACUGAGAGACAGACUCCAGGUGGACCAAGGAGGAACAGUGGCUUAUGGAGAUUUUGAGACUCUGACGAAGGAAUUCUUGAAGCUGACAAACAAAUCAGGCGUGCGACAGCAAGCAUCCAGAGUCAUUUCUGAUGAUACUGACUUUUCAUCAAACCCGCAGGUAUCAACAUCUGACUCUGAUGACCUGGACGAGAUGGAAAGAAUGAGAAAAGAUCACAUUGAAGCCUUAAGAGAAAUCAAGAGGCUGCAGGAUAGGGUGGCUGAGUCUGAGAACCUGUGUCAGGAGAUGCAGCAGGAGCUGAAUAAAGUCAAGCAGGAGGCAAAAGCGGCUGUGGAUGAGAGAAGAUCUCUGCAGACGCAGGUCCAGCUGGCUGAGGCUGCGCAGAAGCAGGCACGAGGGAUGGAAAUGGACUACGAAGAGGUCAUCCACCUCCUGGAGGAAGAGAUAGCAGAGAUGAAGUCUCAGAGAGCAGAAAAGUCAGACCAAUCCAAGGAGGAUCAGGAUUUGAAGAAAAGGCUUGCUUUGCUUGAGUGUCAGUUACGGAAAAGCGAAGUUGCAAAGAAAGGCUUUGAAAUUUCUACUGGCAAACUUCUGCACUUUGUGGAGGUCAUUCAAGACUUCCUAACAGAGAAUCAAGGAUCUUAUAGUUCUGAAAGUGAGCCAAAGCUGGCUACACUGUCUCAAACUCUGGCUACACAAAGUGGGAGGAAAGUGUCUGGAACAGUCUCCACGCUUGCUCUGGAGGCUCGGGAGCUCAUUCACACAGUUCAAGCCAUCGUAGAGGUCGACUGUUUACCCUAUGGCUGGGAUGAAGCAUAUACUGCAAAUGGAGCCAAAUACUACAUCAACCAUGUGACUCAGACAACAUCAUGGACCCACCCUGUGAUGAACUCCUUGGGUCUGUCUGAACCAGACGCAAACAAGCCAACACAGAACUCACCAGAGUCCACAGGCUAGACCCAAUCUCACAACAAUGGCACUUUUUCUGAAGAUCAUUUGUUUAACAAACCAAAAAAGACUAAAACUAUUGCAUUUAAAUACAACUUUACAUAUAAGUUAAAUCCAACUCUGAUUAAUUUUACCAGUAUAAAAUCCAAACACAUUUUACAGUGGGGGUUCCAAUGAUUUUCUGGGCCAUAUGAAAAUGCAGACUGUAGGUGCACUGAUCAUUUGUAGUACAGAUCCCUUAAAGACACUCCUACACCUACUUCCACCAAUGCCUCUACAUUUCUGAUAGAUUUUAAAGACUCAGACUUGUUUUCUAUUUCAGUCUGACAGGCAUGAUACUAGAUAUUGCGUAAAGUGUAUACACCAUUAACAAAGAUUUAGAUUAACAUUAUUAGCAAUUUCUGUUAUGUUAAACAAAUAAGACAAAGUCAGUGGUGUGGUCAUUUCAUGACUGUUUCUGAUUUUUUUUUUUUAGAAGAUACAGUGGAGGUGCAUAUUGAUACAAUUUACAUUUAGAGAAUUUGGCAACCAUUAAGUAUGUGCUGUCUUUCUGUACCAGAGUUAUACUGAAGCUCAGAAGUGAUGCCAGAUUGAUAGAAAGUGCCAGAUCUCAGCAGUGUGACUGUUCACAGUAUCUGUUCUUAUCACUAUCUACGAUGUCCUACAGGUUGUAGUUAUUCCUAAUUGGAGCUUUAACAUUAAGAUUUGUGGAAUAAAUCUAUAUAUAUAUAUAUAUAUAUAUAUAUAUAUAUAUAUAUAUAUAUAUAUAUAUAUAUACCUAAUGCCAGUCCCCAAGAGAAGGGACCAUGGUUUAAAUCAUAAACAGACACACAUGUUAUACAUUCCUCUUUUUCUCCUUUUCAUCCAUUUCAAAAACUUCCCCUGUUAUUCCACUCUGGUCUUUGCUGUUUUCCAGUUUUCUUCACCAAGUCUCAGACCUAGCCCAUUCAGCAUUUCCAUUCUUUAGAAAAUUCAAACAAUGUUAAUCUCCGAAGUCAAAAUAUGUAUCAUCCUAUCUUAUAACCAUAAAUAUCUGUAAGAAAGCCAGAAACCUGGUUUAAUACACUGUAUCUUUGACUGACAUACACAUAGUACACAGUUAGUUUAGUUAACAAUCUAUCUACAACGAAUCUGCAAUGGACAAGUGUUUAUUAUCAUUAUAUCCAGAGGAAUGGAAUGGAACACUGUCCACAAUUCACAGUGACGUGUUAGUUCCUUUCAUAUUUCAUUCUUGUGCAGUCUGAUAUUCUCAACACAGCAAAGCAAUACUCGUCUGUUGUAAUCCAAUGUGGAGUUUUAACUGUUAAGAGGCAUAGCACACGUGAACAUGCAUACAGCGGCAUGUGUGGAUGUACCCUAAGCCUUAUGUUGAUAUUUUCUGAAACGUACGUCUUGAAGGUUUGCUUUGCUAAGUGCUGAUUUACUUAAAGCUUUUAUUAUUUAAAACAUACCUAAUGACAGAUUUACAGUAGAAAUAUGUGUUUAGAGCUUUGAUUAGAUAUGUUCCCUGUUUUAUUUGGGAAUGUAUUCUGAUUUUGUUGUGAUGGAAAUAAAGUACACCGGACAACAGAAUAUUAUCAUUUCCCGUUUACUUUUUGCUCUGAGUGUUACGGGUCUAGCUAUUUCUGAGUUGGAGUGUACAGCACAACUCAAUACACCAAAUGCUCAGGGCCAUGUGUAUUGAUUUUUUUUCCCUCUCAUUCUCCAUGUUGUUAAAUAUAUCUGCUUCAAGGAAUUGAAAAUCACAGAGAUCACACAUACUCCACCAUCUCUCUCACUCAAAUUUAAGAUGGUCUUCAAAUUCCUAAAAUCAAGCAUUGAACAUUGCCAUGUCUUGUGCUAUUAAUUUUUUGAGCUAUGAAAUAAAAUUACUUGUGACUUUCAAAUAUCGUACCUAAAGGCUACAAUCUAAAUAGAUUAGAUUAAAUGUUCUGGAAAAACCUAAAAGGUUAAAAAACUAAAAAAUAUGUUACAGAAAUUGGAAAGGAAGUCAGCCACUUUAUAGUUUUAAGGAUAAGACAUUUUAUAUGAAUAAAAGAUAAAAUAUAUUAAGAGACAUUAAAAACUUUCAGCUUCCUGAUGCCACUGUAUAAUAAAUAUUUCUCUACAGCUGCAUCUUGGUUUAGGUAUUUCCCAACAACUCAGCUCCACCUCAUCCAUUUAUCUUAUCUUUUAUCCCUCACUUAUGAUUAACACCACUUCAGAUUGCUUCUCAUCGAACCAGUUGCACACUCAACUAAAACAGCAACAACAACCACAACAACUAAACCUGUUGAGCUAGAUAUUGAUGAGCCCAGCUUUCAGUUUGCACAUGUUGCACCAUGUGGCUGGUCGUGUUUCAAACAAACAGAGUGGCCUCUCAUCACGACCUACUUUCCCAUUUAUUGCUUUAGCAACCAGUUGUCAAGGAAACUUCUAAAGAGGAAACUACGUUACAGGAUUCAUGCAUUUCUGUAUAAAAGUCUGCCCACAAUUCAGUUUGCCAAAAAAAAACAAGAAAAAUCCUACAAUUCUCCAUCACUGUUGCUUGUUUGUGGCUUGGAGCAGUAAAGCCUCCACUGAGACUGAUUUAAAGCGACACUUCUCUUCAGCAGCGCGUGAGUUUCA